AUGGGAAAAAUCGCCUUUUUUCCCAAAACGGACAAACCCUGGCUGGAGCAGAGCCUCAAUGAGGCGACCAAGAAGCUCAGGACGGCAAAGAGGUCUGGCAGCUUCGUCGGAGCCGAACACUGGAAGGAAGAACUCACCGAGCGUAGGAAGCUCUUUAGGCUAGAGGUGCGAGCCCCCAAAAAGAGAACAGGGGACGGCUUUUACGGAUCCCUCCAAGCCUUCGCUAAGUGCGCCCGGCCUGCAAAGAGCAAAGCCGCCGCUGCGAUCCUCAAUGGCGACCCGAGCACCAACCAAGCGGCUCAUCUACUGGAGAAGCUAUUCCCUCGGGACCCUCAUCGGUCCCAGGGAAUGGCCAGGGCUUGUGUAGGUGCAGGUCCUACAGACCGCAUCCCGGCGGUAACGGAACAAGAAGUACUGGACGCCGUUGGCCGCUUGAAGGUAUCCACGCCUUGA